UAGAAAAAGCAGCUCCGCCAAGUCGCUCUGCAGCACACGUUCCAUCAUCAGGCGUGCUCUAGCGUAGUGUUACCGUGCAAGGCGUCGUUAUAAUCUCCUCAAUCAGCAACCCUGCUUUAUCAACUGCAAACCUGCGCAUCCACCUUGCCCGCGUUCGGAUAUGACGGACAAUCUUCGAAAGGGGCUGCAAAUCACAGCCAAGUCAACGUGCCUUCUCUGACAGCUGCCUUGGCUACUCAGCGCGUGACAACACCUGGCCGACGCUCAACCGACGGUCACACUGCGUGAAAACUUCUGUGAGACCUCCAAACGUGGUCAUGCUCUACACACGUGGAAGUUGUCAAUCUCGGUGUGAUCUCCGUGUGUGUCUGCUGUUGCCUCUGCAUGCAAUUCAAGAUUCUUUUUAAAAGUGUUUGCGAACGGUGUCAGUUCGAAGAACGCCUCUGAUGAACAAUUCGUACACACCAAUCGGUCGACGUCGACCUCCAGGCGGCCCUCCAGCACCACGAACUCCCUUCUGUGCUCGCUGCAAGAACCACGGACUGGAAGAGCCCGUCAAGGGGCACAAGAGGUUUUGUGAAUUCCGAGAUUGCAAAUGUGCAAGGUGCAGAUUAACGAGGGAUAAGCAACGCGUCAUGGCUCGUCAGGUGGCCCUGCGAAGGGCGCAAGCUCAGGAUGAAGCGAUGGGUCGUGUGACCCAAGAUGAACUGGAGGAACCUGUGCUUCCACCUGUUGAACCUGCUGAGACGUCACCUCCCCUCCACAGUUUGCUUCUCACGUCGACUAACUCUGCCUUUCGUGCAGCAGCUGGUGCUUCACAGGCGGAACUUCAGAAGCUCGGUGAAUCAUCUCUGCUCGGCAGUACAACUGUGGAUCGCAGUUAUUCCUCACUGCCGUUACACAGUCUGUGGGCGGCGGCGCAACCUCUCAUGUACCAGAUGCUGAGUGGCCACCGCUACGCACCAUAUCACGUGCCUCCACCGCGGUACUCAUCCUGGCAUCAUUCUUAUCAUCCGUAUGCCCUGGCAGCAGCCGCAACCGUCACCAGUGCUCCCUACAACACGCCUUCGUACGGGGGCCAGGCUUUACCUUCCGCUGUCACGCCGUCAUGUGCAUCAAGGAGUCCCGAGCUACAAACGGCAGAAAUGGUCGCGUUAGCACCGUUGUACGAGAGCCUGUACCGGCCUGUGGCGCUGGUGACCCGCACCCCAACGUCAACUACCGUUGCGUCUUCGUCGGCUGCUGCUACACCGCCAGGUGACGAGUCUAGCAACCACUCAGAAGGGGAGAGACCUCUGCUAGUUCAACGGAAGGACUCACCAGUACGUCAAUUGGACGGUCCCAUCUCCUUCGCUCGCGCGAGGGACAUCCGCUGAUGUUUACCGCAUCCGCUCAGCGCACUACUUAAGAGCUCUACGCUAACAGUGCAGCAAGUUCUUGUCCGCUCUGGGCUGUGAUCAAAAGGAACGCCACGUGAAGUCAACGUCUAGUUACUGGUGCCAUCACCUGAGCCGCUUACUGGACUCCACGAAUGUGUAUUGCAGACAAUCCCUCGAGGUCUAUGACACACUUCCUUGUCCUUUGUUGCCAAAAUUCCACCUUCUGUCAUGCGCUGCAUCAGCUACUAGCGCAAAGUUGUUCUCUCAACGAGACUUAGCUAUUCUUCGAAGCUUGAGCUAAGGGAUUGUGAAUGCUAUAGCGCCAACAUAGCUGACACCAGCACCAUUGAGUUCAGUUGAGUUGAGUUCCCUUCACUCUUGAAAUGGAUCUUCACUGCUUCACACGCUCUUGGUUCUGAUCGUUCUGAUUUCUCGAAAACGGGAGGCGUACGCCUUUUUGUAACACGCAGUCAUGUUAACUGUCACAAAAAGGUGUACGCCACACGCUUUCCAAAACUCAGUAGUGAUCACGGUGUCAUUCUGUGCAGUGGUUGGCUUUCAGCGUGCUAUGCGGUGAAUUGCUGUUUCUAGAGUGUUGGAGUAUGGUCAAAAUGGCAGCCACGGUGGUGCAGGAUCCUGCACUUUGAAAGCUAGGAAUGUUGAGAAUCACUAUCGAGUGCCAUUUUCGCUGCUGUUGUUGUAAUUAUCUGUUGUAUACUGGGGAACGAGCUUCUUGUGUGUGACAGUAUAUUAUACACAUACGGCGAGGGAUUAUAGCCAAAGUAUUGGACAUUGUACAUAUGGAUAAGGUGGACGUUUCUAUGUAUGUACUCGUGUGGAUUUCCUCCAACUUCUUCCCCCUCUCAAUCCCUCAGCUGACACAAAGCACAAGUACCAGAGCGCCUGAAAACGCAGUUGAGCUGUGAUCAUAUUUACAGAUAUGCUUGUUGGUACAGCAUACACGCCAGCCACGUCAGAAUGCCAGCUGCACGCCUGCGCUAUGCGAUUCCGCUAAACCGAAAGUACCUUCACCUUUUCGAUAUUGCUACUAAAAUAGACUUGUUGCUUUCCCGUUCGUUUGUGUAAAAUUCAAAGAAAUACGUUGUCAAUGCUAGCAUAGGACCAUCAACAAAAACGAAAAAUAUGCAUACGUAAGGUAACGCCCAACUGUGAUAAGAUAGAAGAAUAGCAAACACAAGACAACUGACGUCUUGCUACCAGACAUAGAAAGAACUCAAGGUCUAUGUCAUGCCAGUUCAGCAAUGCUAGGUGCUAGAGUACGUUCUACUCGUAAUUAGAUAACCAACGCAACAGGUGUCUACCUUUCCUUUUAUGGGAUUUCAAGUGCAUGUACAUAUCGUACGUACCGACAAAACAGCAUCGUUCACGUUGUUACACUCGUAACACGGAUAUUUACCGCAUAGCACGCUCCUAGCCAACCAGAACCCCGAACGGCAUCGUUCUCUCUCCCCUGGUUUGUUCAGAACGGGAAGCAUACACCUUUCGUGACACGUUUAUAGUUAUGAUACUUGUCACAAAAGAGCGUUCGUCCUAGCCUUCAGCGUGUUAAUUAUGCGGUGAGGUUUUGUUUUUAGAGUUCGUGGCCAGCUCUAACUUGCGUCCUAUGCAGCUAUCGCAAACCUGGCCAACCGAAAUUUGCGCUUCCUGGUUUUAGCACUUUGAUUGCGUACGCCAACAAUAUCCUAUGCACUUGUGUUCGUUUGAGGAAGACGUUGCCAAUGCUCUCAGUAGUGAGUGUUAGUAGACCGUUGAUAACGUGGCGUCCGAAGUACCGUACCCAAUCAACGAAUAAGGUUCUGAGUCAUGCACGCUGUCAUUAGUUCCGGUAGGUACGUUAUCUUCAAGGUGACCUUAUCAAUGGUCUACCAACACUCUAUUAUCUGGUAGCUCAAAGGACCCUUAUUUGCUCCAUUUGCCUUCCAGUAGAAAAUAGUUAUCGCGUAUUAGCGACUGCGAUGCAAAGUAUAGCAAUGACCGCAAUUACGCAAGUCAUAGACUCAUAGUUAACCAGAGCAUAUUCGUACGCUUAUCGUUUGUGAUAACGUGGUUUCACUUCCCUGCCGAUAUUCCGAGUACACGACUUCUGUCAUAGCUCUUGCCAAUAACUCAUUACGCGCUGUCGAAAUCAAAUAUGAUCCAAAGAAGUCUGUGCGCGAAAUGCAGUUCGGUUCUUACUCACCGAUAGCCCUGUAUAGGAAUGGGCUAGUGUGCCGUUCAGAAUAUUUUAUUAACAUAAUUAUCCAAUUACACAAGUAACUGCCCAAAUUACACUGUGCUUUUCACGAAAACUAUAACAACUAGUAUUACUAGUUCGGUAAUAGCGGUAAUAACAAAAAUAACUGACCGCAGACUGCACCACAAUCAAGAUUUCCUGGAACAUAGUAACAGCACGCACGGUAGCCGGUGUAAUUGCGACGACGGUAGCGUUUGCUCGAGUUUAAUGAGUUGCGAGACAAGGACGACAGAGACAAGGAGAACAGAAUCAGAAAGAUGUCCACUUGCCACAUUAGCUGUUUGCCUUGCAUGUGACGACAGCAACAAGAUGUUAUUAGGUGUCUACUUCUGUACACGUAAUAAUACCUUACAGAAUGCGUGGUGAAACAAUUAGCCAACCGAAUUCAUAUUAAUAUACAUAGUAUCUAGUUACAACUCGUAUCCCAUUUCAGCGUGCGUCACGUUCUUGCCUACGGUGCGAUCUCUCACUUGGUACGCUUCACAGCUUAAUCGUUUGAAGUCUGUAUUGGACCUCUAAACAGCUGAUCUAUUCUUGAUUUGACGACUUCUGCAGAGGCAAAGCGGGACCACUUGACAGCGCUUCAUUUUGCGGCAAAUGAAUUAUGUAAUCACUCUUAUCCACCUCUUUUUCAUACUUAAAAGGGUAGAAAAUCCAGUUAACCGGUAAGGAAGUAUGAAGGCAAGUGCCUCAGGACGAGCGCCGCCGAUAUUUCGAGCAGAGACUAUUCCUCUUCUGGGCACCAUCCUCAUCAUUGGCAUAUUAUUUAAAGAGUUAGCGACGACGUGUUAAAAAUUCAUGAGAAUUGUGCGUCGACCCACAAUACUUAUGAACCUUUAACACGUCAUCCCUAACCCUUUAAAUACCACGCAAAUGAUGAGGACGGUGCCCAGAAGAAGAAUAUAGUUUCUGCUCGAAAUAUCGGCGGCUCUCGUCCCCCUGAGGCACUUCCUUUCAUCUUUCUUCAUACUGAAGCUCGCAUGCUGCUGCUCAACGAUCGGGCAACACAAGGGACGCAGUUAAAUGGAAUAUUGGCUUGCGGACUACGCGGCCCAGAAGUAUACGACGCGUGACGUUCCGACAACAGCAACACUUUUCUCCCGACAUGCUCGUAUGUAUGCAGUUCGUUUAUUUAAUAGGCACACUAUCUAUAUAGUACCUGUCGUGGCAUUCUUCCCCUACGAGGAUAGGACAAGGGAUAAGUGCACUGUGUCUCCCAAACGAUGACCUGCACUUUAUCAUUGAUGUCUUCGCGUAUUCGAGAAGCGUCAAAUAUUUGUACGACUGGGAUCGACGCUUGCUUCAAACAAAGCUGAGCUGUGAUCAUAUUUACAGAUAUGUUUGUCCUUACUGUCUGCCUCCCUCCCAGCUUCGUCCCUUUUCUGGACGUACCUCUUUGUAAACACUGGUGUCUUCACGAAAUGUACUGUUUUUAGUCAAUUUCAUCUGAAUGCAGUCGCGACGACCUGUAGUGCUUCGGAUCCUGAUAUUCAGGGUUGAUGGUAAAGCUAAAGGAACUCGAAUGCGCACUUUGCACAUGCAGAUAUCUGCUUAACCUCUCACUCUGUACUGCACUGUUCUUCUGCGCAGAGCUUGUAGCACCAAAGACGCAAAACUGUGUGCCAAACAAAUGUAUCCUAAAGCGUAAUAGAGUGUCAAUUUUGCCAAUGUAAUUGCCUGCUAAUAACACUUGUGCAUUCCAUGCGCUAUGUUUGUGACUCUGUUGACAGUGUUUUUCUGCUGCCAACAAAGUGCUAUAAGCUCCAUGUAGUGUGGCACCGCCACGAGAUGGACGCCUUGCGGCGGAACAUAUGUGCUAAGUCCUCCUCUUGCUGAUACAAGUUGUGCCUAGAAGCGUUGCAACUUAAUUAGCGUACUUAUGUACAGGUCCGGUCGACCUUAAUAAUAACGCUGGAAAAAAUUCGGUCUCACUUCCCAGCCUGAUAACAGCCACCCUUGGGGCACUGGGGGAAUGUUAAGUGAACAAAAUCCUUGCGUGAAACUAACCUAAUAAUUUUGUUCAAUUAAGAUUUCUUCAUGGCCCCAAGGGUCGCUGUAAUCGCGCUCGUGAACGGGACGUUUUGUUUCAGUGUUGUUAUUAAGGUUGACCGGAGCUGUACUCCUGGCUGAUGUAUAUACACACACCUGGCAGCACCUGCUGCUGCUUUUUGGUGCUAUGGGUCGCUUUGCACAUGUAUUUGACUGGAGUGUGUCUGUUAACAGCGUUCAAUAUGCAAAAACUUGGCUACCUACAAUGGGGACUAGCUUCUUCCGUUAGCCAAAUUAUCAUCUAGGGUUAGCGCUCAAAAUGAAUGCGCAUUGUGUGUUGCAGAUUCAACGAUGAGCGCAGAACCUGAUUUUCCGUCUGCAAUGCACAGGCUGCUCUGCAGUGUUCUCUCCGAGAACAAGCACCCAACGAGGUGUACACGAAGAAAUAGGGCGGCCACGUAUUGAAAAUUUUUUAUGUCGGCACACUCUCAAAAUGAGCGUACGAGUUGUGGCUAUUAAAUGACAAGACUGUAGGGGAAAAUCGUGUUUAUUAUUACAUCAUUCCAAAUUAACACCUAUCCCCUUCAACAUACUCCCCUCCCCUAUCUAUUGAACGCUGAACACGCAUUUUCCACUGUAGGAAGCAGUGCUCCAGAUCAUCAUGUGUCAUGCGCUUCAGUAGUGUUGGUGUUCUGUCCUUGUGUUCGGGGAGAGUUUGGAAAUGGGUCUCCUUCACCUUUGGAAACAGGUAAAAGUCGCAAGGAGCUACCUCCGGCGAACAAGGAGUGUGGUCCAGCACUGGAACAUUCUUGUCGGCAAGAAACUGCUUCACCAACCGCGCAUUGUCCUGGUGGAGAGUCCACGAGUUGUUUUUCCACAACCUGGGUCUCUUCUUCCUUACUCUUUCCCUGAGAUGUCUACCAUCUCCCCUAUCGACCAAGUGCUCAAUCGGCGAUCGUUGCGAACAAUUUCAUUAAUUUUUGUACAUUCUGUUGUGUCGCUGCAGUGACAGACCGGCCUGGUCUGUCAUCGUCUUCAACAUCCUCCCGUCCGAUGCCAAACCGUUUUUGCGACUCAAACACCCGCGCACGUGACAUCGCAUUGGCACCGUACACCUCCUGCAACUGUUUCAGGCACUCACUCGGUGAUGUUUUAUUUUUAUUUUUUUAAAUUUCACGAGGAAUUUCUGAUUGGUCCGCUGCUCCAGUUUGACACGAUCCCGGCAAGGCAACUGCGUGGCUGUAUCUGUGAGCACCGCUGGCACAAAUAUAACAAAUGACAUCGAGACGCAGCUUGUCACAUUCUUUACCCGAAGGUUCGGGAUCCCCAUAUUGCGCAUGCGCUUCCCGCUCGCAAAUGCACGAAUGCUACAAAACGCGGAGUCUCGUUAUUUAAUAGCCACACUUCGUAUAUUGGUAUACAUGCACAUAGGUUUGUAUGGUCAUACAACACCUAAACGUUAACGCUUCGAUGCAAACGCUGCAGACUGCCAGAACACUUCAUGUGAUAGAAUUCUCGAGAGUACGCCGUCUGUCGAUUUAUUUGAUAGGAAACUUUUAUAAGCACCUGGUUUCGCAAAAUACACCCUAUAACUGGCUGGCAAGAUAUGCAAACCUGGAUGACACGCUGCAGUUGUGAAGGCCACGCUGACCAAUACAAUCAUGCGUAACAAUUUGCGCAAGUACAUUCAAGCAGCAGUCUUCUUCUUCUUUUUUUUUUUUUUGCUUAGGAUUCAGUUUAGAUUAUUGCAUACUGCUCUGCACCAAACGUAACUUGGGGCCGUUACGCUGGGGUUAAGGGAGAAGCGCGUUCGAGAAGUUGCAGUUUCUGUGACUAGAUAGAUAAAGUGAAAGACCAAUUCAGCUAUCCAGUGCCAUGGCAGAACGGAUAGUGCCCUUAGUUCUGAUGGAGAAUAUGAUUCUGUACCUUUCCAUCAAAAAGAAAUUCCCAUCCCCUCAUGGAGUGAUAUGUGCAGUCACAGAUGUUUCGAAUACAGUCUGUUAAGGCGCGAUGGCUCUCGAUCCGGGUGUCUCGUCCGUGCGAUCGUCCAUUUACUACUGCAAUUGCGUCACAUUUCUGGAUAUUCUGCCAGCUAACCGAGAAGCUGAACCAGGAGCUUAAGUUGUCCAGUAUGCAAGAACAUAGUGCGGCGUGUUCCGUCUAACAAUGCAUUGCUAUUCUUCUGUUGAUAUGCAGCAUCGCAUGCACUUUAUUCACAGCUACAGAAUGUUGCCAUACGCGUUACAGCUGUGCUAACGACCGCGUGUUAAUCCAGUUGUAUAUGUGUAACAGUAUGCGACUUAGACGCUACACAAUUUCGGACAAAUCAGGGUGGUACGUUAUAAUCGUGUCCAGCUCUUCGUGCACAGAAAAGAGCAGUGUUAACUAUUCUGAAAAAUGUUUGCAGAUUUGUCUCUUGUGUGCUCAUGUACUUCACGCAAACGUUGUUUGUCGACUCUUUAACUUGACUGCGUGCUACAGUUGUAUGCACCUACGUAUUUUUCGAAUGUGUGUAAACAAAGCGCCCUUACUCCUGUAAAAAAGAUGUACUUACAUCUCCGUUGUGGUUACACAUUCUGUGGGUCUUUUGAUGAGCGCCUAUCCUGUGUGCAUGCUAGAAGGGACACGCGUGGGCACAGGGAACCAAGGACUCUGGAAUUUAUAUGAUGUUGUGUGAGUGCAUCGCUUAUCUGAUGUAACCUUCAUGGUGCGAUUUUUGGACUGUAUAAAUAAAGCACAAUAUGUUAAAUAGCA